CUGACUUGCAUCCAGCGACAGCGCAAUGUCACGGGUGAAGCAUUCGACGCUCCAGUGCCGAGUAUCCCCAAACCUACGGCGCCUCCAAUCUACCUGCGGAUGACGAAUGACACACCCCCAUCCCCCCCCUUGUCCGCCCCAAACUCGUCGUCAUACCAUCUUCACCAUCCCGGUCGCACAUCCUUUUGGGUCAUCGCCACCGGUGCGACGUCUACGGGAAAUGCGUCCGACUUUAAUCACAUCGUCCCCUUUGCUUACAUACCUAUGUAUCCUUCUCCAAUGGAGGCAAGAACGGGGCCAAGGAAGAAAAGUCAUAUUGUAGAAAUAAUAUUGCUAAUC